CUUCUUCUCUCUCUCAGGGGUGGUGGCCGCUGUUUUGCUUGGUUAGCUUCCCGUUCGGCAGCAUGGGAAUGUAAGCGAGGGAAUCUCCCGGAUCAAAUUUGCGUCGAAGUGCUCCUUACUCCCCGCAAGUUGCCCGACUGCCUCUUUGGGUAUCUUCGGAGCGCCUCGAGCGACAUUUCAGCGGCCAAGCAGUAGCGGACAAAGGGAAGACUUGUGAGCUAACGUCGGCUAGCUCCCGGGGCGAAGCAUUAGCAUUCCUCCUUCGAGUACGGCACAAUGCAGGCCAUCAAGUGUGUCGUUGUCGGGGACGGAGCCGUGGGUAAGACCUGCCUGCUCAUCAGCUACACCACCAAUGCCUUCCCCGGAGAGUACAUCCCCACUGUCUUUGACAACUACUCGGCCAAUGUGAUGGUGGACGGCAAGCCGGUGAACCUGGGCCUUUGGGAUACGGCAGGACAGGAGGACUACGACAGACUGCGCCCGCUCUCCUACCCUCAGACGGAUGUGUUCCUCAUCUGCUUUUCUCUCGUGAGUCCGGCCUCCUUUGAAAACGUCCGUGCCAAGUGGUACCCUGAGGUGAGACACCAUUGUCCCAACACUCCCAUCAUCCUGGUGGGCACCAAGUUGGAUCUGAGAGAUGACAAAGACACAAUCGAGAAGCUCAAGGAGAAGAAACUGGCUCCAAUCACUUACCCCCAGGGCCUGGCCAUGGCCAAAGAGAUCGGUUCCGUCAAGUACUUGGAGUGCUCCGCCCUGACUCAGCGCGGCCUUAAAACGGUGUUUGACGAAGCCAUCCGCGCCGUCUUGUGCCCACCGCCCGUCAAGAAGAAGGGGAAGAAGUGCAGCCUCCUCUAAGGGGAGUCCUCGUAGCGGCGGGGGCGCAGGGUGAAACAACGCCAGUAUACACAUACCCACACAAUAACGUACUUUGCUUCACGUAAACAUAGCUGCAGCGGUUCUAGCGACUAUAUUGCCCCUCCUUGUUACGACAUUGAAUCAAGAUUGAGAGGAUUGUAACGUUGCAUACUGUAAAGACAAGUCUGAAAAUGUUGAACUUCAUGAGGCCUUACAUCAGAUCCAUGUGGUCCCCCUGCUCUCAUUUUGUUUACAGUCUGGGUUCUUUUCAGUGGGAGUCACGUUGCCAAAUACACCCCCUCUCCUGGCUAUGAAAACACAUCCACGCUGCUGUUUGUUAGCUCCCACAAUCAAUCGGUGGCAAGUCCCUCACCAGCAGUUUUUUGUUUUUAAACACCGACAGUGCUAUUAAAACCCUUAAACACUUCUAAAAUCAUCCAGACAAAGCAUUUUCUUCCUCCUCUCCCCGGACAUGUCUCAAACCAUGUCACAUUGUAGAUUUUUGAAACUGUUGGUGGUGGGGAACAAGAGCACCUUCGAUGCUCCUUGGGCAUUUAUCAGCAUUUUUUUUCUUUUUUUAAUCGCAUCACUACUGGCGAAGCGAAAUCACUUAGACGAGCAUCCGUGCCUGUUAGUAACAAAGCUACUGUCGGUUGUGGUGUAGUAGACAGUGUACUCCUCUUUGUUAUAAUCGUGAUUUGACUUUUUUGUAUCUUACACUUCACUCACUGUAUUUUUGGACUAACACUAUGAAUAUGCUUUUUUUGUUUUUGUUUUUCACCUCUUUUACAGCUAACGCAACCUUAACUACUCUCCCAAGCCUAUCUUUGUGUAAUUACGCUGAUGGCAUGUAUGUGCGACGUAUACUGAAAAAACGUUAAGAUUAGGAUCGCUACAUUUAUAUUUUGUUUGCCUCUUUACAAAAUGUAUUUAAAGUACUAGUACAAAGGGGUUAAAGAACACAUUGCUCAUCUGUUGUUUUUUGUAUUCAGACAUCAAGCUGUGCUAUCAUUCAAGCCAAUGUCAUUGUGACUCCUUUCGAUUUACAGAUACAAAGCUGUCACUUUUUUUUUUUUUUUUUUGAAAAAGCCAAUAAAUGUCAACAAAAUUGAA